CUGCUCAGAAUCCUGGAGUCAUUCUUACAGCUGAGAUAGCUUUCUGCAUGUUGUUUUUCUGAAGGGAGCAAAUUUUUCUAUUUGUUUUUCCUCAGCAAGUGUACAUCGUGUACUUUGGGGUUGAAUUUGGAAAUUUUUUUGGAAAAUAGAUGAUUAUUGUUUUACAUAAUCCAGAUUGAAUAAAUCCAGUUAUUAAUUUAACAUAAAUCCAGGAUUUUCCAACUUCUCAUACACAAAGUGAGUAUAGACAUCUCUGGAGUUGCAUUUGAGAUACCAGCACCCUCAGAAUGCAUGGUGACCGGCAUCAUGCUGUGGAUAUUGAACAGAGUCCAGUAGAGCUGUUGCCCAGAAAUCCAUACUGUUUGAAUGAAGGAACCCGCUGUUGUUGUAGAUUACCCACUGUGACCCUCCAGCCGCAGUGGGUUACAGCAAAACCAUGGUCACUCUGGAAAACAUUUCUGGUGUGUCUUUUGGCCUGUCUAAUUGCCACAGCGCUUGUUGUUCUGGUCUUAUAUUUGGUCCACUUUGGCAAGCCCACCGACAGUAACACUAUCAUCAUUCACGCAGAUGGAAAGUCGAAUCAUGUCACCUGCAUCCCUGGUUCUACCCCAUCUCCUGCCUCAUCAACCCUGCCUGGAUCUCCUACCCCUGUGCCCGACCAAAGCUCCUCUGCCAAGGCGUCUCCAUCUUCUAUGGAGAUGACCAAAACAACAACACUGGAGCAUGAAAUUAUCAUUGAAGAUCAAAAAUGACAUUUUGAGCCCUUAGCACUCCUCCAGCCAGAUCAACACUCUCACCCAGGAGGAGGCAUGUCCAGGUGUCCUCUCUUCCCUGCCAAGAGGUUGCAAAGCAUUUGGCUUCAUGAGAGCUUGCCCUUUGUGCUCCAAUCAUUUGCUGUAUUCCCAUAUGGUAAUGACUCAGUCUUGCGCCCUCCAAUGUUCAAAUGAUUGGAAAAAAAUUUUUUUUCAACUGAGCCUGAUUGAUUCAUUCAGGCAGGAGCCCAGAGCUUGCUUUUCAUCCCUCCUAUACAACCAACUUUAUUCUUCACAAAUGGGGGUUUUAACUGAGAAAGAGGCUGCCAGGUGGAUCCCGCUCUACUUUACUCCCUGCCUGUUGGUUCUUAAGCCAGUAUUUACCAUCUAGUUGUUGCUUAUUUUACAAUCUCAUAUACUUCACUAUUUUCAGCAUUUGUAUUCCAAUAGGGAGAAGGAAAUACUCAAUUAAAGUAGUUAAUGAGUAAGAGUUUUUAAAUACCUGUUGGUUAUUAUAGACACAUUUCUCUUGUUGGGAAACCCAGAAAAGAGAUUAGUGAGGUUAGGAAUAAUCAAGGAAGAUUUUGGAGAAAAACUAAGAGUUGAAAAAGGGUGAAAAAUUGGACUUAGGUCAGGUCAUGAUCCCAGGGUCCUUUUGUAUUGUAUUUCGUUUUGUGUUUUAUACUACAAUUUAGAGGGCACAUUGCUUGCAAUUUGCUAUGAAACACAAGACUUGUUCAAUAUUUAUAUUGAGUGUUUAAUAUUCACUAAAAGCAGACACAUUUCAUUCUGGGAAAGACUUCUGAGUUAAAUGAACCUGCCCUUUCCACCCCCAACCUCCAAACUCUACAAAAGUGUAAGACUGCCUCAGACAAGGAGGUUUCCUACCCAAAGAUUCAGCACUAUGAGUGGACACUAAAGCCUUGUUAUCCAGCUUCCAACUUCUGAUUGUCUUUUGCACACCGUUAGAGGUUCUGGAAGCACUGUUUUGUUUUCCUAAAGCAAAAGGCUUUGUGUUCUAUAUAACUCUAGGUUGAUUUGGCUGCAGUCAAUAAUAGGCCAUAUAGACUUUGAGGCCUUACUGAAUACUUCGACUCCACAAAAGAAAGAUCAGAAAUAUGGUCAUUCCUUACAAAAUUAUAUAUGGGCAGCUAGUAUUAUUUUUCAGACACCAAGAGAUGUCCAAAUUUGAGUCUUUUUUUUUUUUUAAAGAUUUUUUUUUUUUUUUAUUCAUGAGAGACAGAGAGAGAGAGAGAGGCAGAGGGAGAAGCAGGCUCCCAAGGAGCAGGGAGCCCGACGCGGGACUCGAUCCCAGGAUGCUGGGAUCAUGACCUGAGCCGAAGGCAGACGCUUAACCAUCUGAGCCACCCAGGCGCCCACCAAAUUUGAGUCUUAAAAAAGAAUUUUUAUACCACAAAUAUCAUUUGAUAAUACAACUUAAGAAUGAUGAAAGUUGUUAUAUACAUUUUAGAAAAGAAAUGUCAUAAAGUUCUAGAUAAGGUUAAUAAACACAAGGGAGUAAAUGUGCGUGCAUUUUCCCCUAGUACGAUCUUAAACCAAUUUGUUUCUAUUGUAGUUUUUAUUUAAAUGCUUGUGAAGAAGAAAGACUAAACUCACUAGGUUCAAAUGUACUUCCUAAUAUAAUUUAAACUUCACUUUGUGAUAUAAAAGUAAAAAAAGCGGGGCACCUGGGUGGCUCAGUCGGUUAAGCGUCUGCCUUCGGCUCAGUCAUGAUCCCAGGGUCCUGGGAUCGAGCCCCACAUCGGGCUCCCUGCUCGGCAGGAAGCCUGCUUCUCCCUCUCCCGCUCCCCCUGCUUGUGUUUCCUCUCUCGCUGUCUCUCUCUCUGUCAAAUAAAUAAAUAAAAUCUUUAAAAAAAAAAAGUAAAAAAAGCUUCUUUAAAAAGACCGAAAAUAAACUUACUGCUAAUUAAAAUUAAAAAAGAAAAAGUUCUAUAUUCUAGAAGCCAUGCUAAGUAACUAGAUGUUGUAAUAAGAGCUGUUAUUUACUUCCUUUACUUUUAUAGAUACUACAGAAUGUGGUAUGGUAACAUGGGAAUGUGGUAUGGUAACAUGGUAACAUACCCCUUUAUGUUCAAGGAGAAUCUUAGCAAUGAAUUUCCUACAUUAAAUAUUGGGUUGGAGGAUAUUGUAAUUAAGUUAUCUGAGAUCAUCGGGUUUCUGUGCUUUGUCAAAUAGAGAUAUAAACAAGCUCUUGGAUUUUUUUUUUUUUUUGCUUUAGACUUUUAUGGUUUAAUAAAGUAUUAAAAUAGUAAUCAGAGUUGUGGAAAAUAUCUUCACAAGUUAAAAUACAUAACUGGAACAAAAAUUUUAUGAAGUACUGUUAAAAUAAUAAGUGAAGUGUGUAUAGUCAAUAAAUGUAAUCGCCCAGUUUUAAUGAUUUAUUCAGCAAAUAUUAAAACCAUAUAUAAGCACUAA